AUGAAGCUUCAACUCAAAGAAAGUACUUAUAAACUCUUUGAUUUAAAAGGGUUAAAACAGUUUCACGUGCGGAAAGCUAUUCUCGUUCGAGAAGCCACUCACGUUCACGAUCCAGGAGUCGCAGUUCUUACUCUUAUUCCACUAGAAGUCGUUCUCGUUCUUACAGUAGGAGCCGGUCGCGUUCUAGAUCUUACUCACGCAGCCGUUCGCCAACUUAUUCUCGAAAUAUUUGGGGCCUUUGGACGAAUCAAGAAUAUCGAAUUGACUCUUGAUGAAAAAUGUUUGGAUAGGCAAACCAAUAAGGGUAUAGCAUAUAUAGACUUUGACACCAGAUCUGAAGCGGAAAAAGCCAUCAGCUACAUGGACGGAGUGAGUCGCGAUCUCGAUCACCCCCUCGCCGCAGAAGAUCAUAUUCUUACAGCGACUCAUACAGCACAAGGAGUCGAUCUCGAUCCCCCUACUCAAGAAGCCGUAGCAGAAGUUACACUCAUUCUAGGAGCCGUAGCAGAA